GUUAUUGAAUUUUUAUUCCUUGUUUUUUUGUUUUUUAAAUCGCACAAUGCCAUUGAAACGGAACGCGGCUGCGAGUGAAGCGACCGAUCCGCAACGCUCAGACAACGACAACAACGACGACGACGAUCACAGCAAGAAGCCGCGGUUGGACGCUGAGGCCGGGACCGAGGCGACCUCCUCGUCAUCACCACCACCAACAACAACAGCAGCAGCAGUAACAACAACAUCAUCAUCACAUGCUGGAUCCGUGGGAGAGGACGCUGAAGCCAAGAAGCGAGCUGAACGCAAACUCAAGCUGGAAGAGCUGCACAUGCGACGAAACUUUGCUCGCAAGCAAAACCACUCGGAAGUCGUCGAGGAAGACAAGCGCAGCAAGAUGCCUGCAAACUGGGAAUCCAAGAAGCGACGCGUCGAGGAAGAAAUGGCGCUGGCUGAGCGCAAGAAGGCUGCAGAGGCGCAGGGACUUGACUUUGACCGACUGCAAAUGCUCGAGGUUUCAGUAGAGGAGUCCGAUCGCUGGGCGAACAAGCGAAAGCCCGCUGAUCCAGACUCGGGCAAGUGGUCGGACUUUGUCGCGGCGACAGAGCGUCAGUACACGCGCAACAUGCGACAGUUCAAGCCGUCGAUGGAGGAAUACAACGCCAACAAGAAGCUGUGGGAAGAUUCGUCGGCAGAGACCAGCGGCUUGAUUGUUGCUGGCCAACACGAUGCCGUGUCUCGACAAGGCGUCGAUCGAAUGGUAGCCGACUUGCAAAAGACCAUCGAGCGCCGCAAGGGCAGCAGCCGCCGACGAACACACGACGCAGAAGCCGAUAUCGAUUACAUCAACGAGCCCAACAAGCGCUACAACCAAGCCAUCGAGCGUGCUUUCGGCAAACACACGCAAAGCAUCAAGGACGAUUUGGAGCGCGGUACUGCCCUCUAAAGAAAUGCGAAAGCUGAAGAGGGGUGGGAGCGGGUAUGAUGAUUUUUUUCUUGGAUGGACGCUUUGCAAUCAAAAUAGCCGUUCACAUCAUUCCAAAAACAAAACACGCAUCAAAGCAA